CUCGAUUAGUCGUAUUUUAUUUUCGAUAUUUGGUAAAAGCCGCCGCUUGGACAAAACAAAACAAAAACGGUUUUGUCCCGCAAUUGCACAGAACACAUGGCCAGGAAGGAACAAGAUGUGGAGCACGAGCUGCCGCCGCCGAGGUGCCACCCGCUUCUCCCCGAAGGAUUCCGGCAGCUGAACACACAGGUGGCCGGUCACACAUUCGAGGCCGCCAACACGGAGGCUGUGGGCCUCCUGCAGGACCCGAGUGGCGGAUGCGUCUUGAAGCCGAUGGGCAAGCCAGAGUGCGGUGAAAGGGAGCUGAGAUUUUAUGAAUCACUCGCUGAAGCAGGUGCUUCAGGUGAUAAUGACCUUGCCCUGCUCCGCGGUCACGUCCCCCGAUUUUACGGUCCCCUGAAACUGGUUGUGAAUCAGCGCGAGCGCACGUUCCUUCGGCUGGAAGACCUCACGCUGGGGAUGCUUCAGCCGUGCGUCAUGGACAUUAAAAUGGGGAAACGAACCUGGGACCCGGAGUCCUCGCCCAGGAAGAGGAAACUGGAGGAGGCCAAGUAUGUGAUGUGCAAACAAAAGCUGGGCCUCUGUCUGCCGGGAUUCCAGGUGUACCUCAAGGACGACAAGGACCCCAGCCGCACGGUAGUACUGAGACAUGGCAAGGACUACGGCAAGAGCUUGAGUGUGGAGGGAUUCCAGAAGACCAUGGCCCUGUUCUUCAAUGCCAACUCCAGUGAUUUCCGGACGGUCAGGCCGCAGACAGAGGUCCUGCUGAAGGAAGUGCUCCGGCAGCUGGAACAGAUCCUCACCUGGUUCCGGGGCCAGCGUCUGCUGCACUUCUACGCCAGCUCCCUGCUCAUCUGCUACGACUACUCCAGGCUGGGCAGCUCUGAAAAGUCGACGCACUUGCUCAACGGCCACCACUUCAAGGAAGACAAGCCCUCCGAUUGGGUGAAGGUCAGGAUGAUUGACUUCGCCCACGUCUACCCGGCAGACCAGGCCCUGCCGGACGAGAACUACAUAUUCGGGCUGAACAGCCUCAUAAGCGUGGUCCACGCGAUCCUCCACCAGAUCUGAUAACAGGACGGGACCAAGACCACUCCACCAGCUGGGGAGACUCCAGAUGUUCCAAUCUCAUUCUUGAGACACUUUUGUAUUAUCGCUUAAGCCAAAAAAGAGUUCACAGUAGAGUUCCGCCGACGGGGUCGGAUCUACUCUAAAAUCGUAGAAUAGACCGCGUUUUAUAAAAUGUGUGAUUAUACUUUUGUAUGGAUUUGGAUUUCCGCAAGGAGAGAAUCAGUGUCCGGUUUAUGUUUUAUUAUCUUUUGUUCUACUUCCGGCACUCUAAAAUUGUGUACAAACAGAGCAUUAAGGGGUUAUAUACAGUCAGGAUUUUCAAAAAAUCGAUUUUUUUUUUUUGCAUUUUCUUAAAGAAUAUAUAUUUCUCUGUUGUGAAAAAAAUUUUUAUGAAGAUUCGAGAAAUAUUUCCCAAGUUACAGACAAAACUAGAAAAAAUUUUUGACUCAAUGUAAACUGUUUGUGAAACUUUAAAAUCGUUUUUCUCAAAACUAUGUUUCUCAAAUCGGUGAACACGAUUUCUCGAAAACCACUGAACCGAUUUAGCUCUAAUUUUCACACAAAAUUAAUAACUACUUUUUGCUGUCUUUAGUCGAAGAUCUUUUAAAUAAAAUUAAAAUUAUAAUUUAUAUCAA